AACGUUGAAUGCAACUCCAUAAAAAUUGGCAAAAGAUCAGAAAAUCUAAUAUCAGAUUAAUGUCAUGUCUGUUUGCAACACAGUCAUCUUUUUGUGCUUUGCAAAAUUGUUUAGAAAUUAUAAACUUGUAUAUUGAAUAAUUCUCUGUUUUUAGAAUAUGAAAGUAUUUUAUUCUUUGUAUAUGUGAUUAUGCUGAGUGUUGACAAGUAUAUUCAUAUAUAAAUUUAUGUUACUACAAAAAAGUGUAAAAAUUUUUACGCCAAACACGAAAUACGAGUCUUUUUGGAUAAAAUAUUUUCGAACAUUAUUUACCCUAAUAUUUGGUGAAUUUUGAAUAUUGUGAUCAUGAAUUUUAUGAAACAAGGAAAAAUUAAGCAAAUUAUCCUAAGCUGUAUUUUGAAAAACAAUUUUUAAGAAAUUUUUAUUAAUUUUAGGUCAUUUCUAAAAUUUAAAUUUUUAAAAAAAAUGAACGUCAAUGUUUUUGGACGAUAUUUCUUUUGUUCGGAAUUUCAAAUCUGCAUUGUAUAUAUAGUUCACUAUUUUUUAAACAAUUUUAUUGUAUACCAAUUUCACAAUUUCAGAAUUUUGUAAAGUAUGAAACCUCUGGCUUCAUUGGUUGGGCUGAUCUUGUCAUUUUUGUUUGGAACAUUAACUUUAUAUUUUGUGUCAACAUUUCUACCAAGUUCGAAUGGGAAGUAUGUGUUGUCGUUUCCAAGCAAUCUAGAGAACGUGAAAAGUUUGGUUGAGUUUUUUAAAGAUUACAAGAAGGAACACCAGUCAGCUGUCGUGCUGAUGUUUUGUACUGCUUAUCUUUAUAAACAAACGUUUGCAAUACUUGGGUCUGUUUUCAAGAAUCUGUUAGCUGGUGCGUUGUUUGGACUUGAAAAAUCAGUUGUAAUUACGUGUUUGCUUACUGCCUGUGGUGCGUCGUUGUGUUUCAUGUUAUCCAAAUGUUGAAGAAGUAUUAUGAUAUAUUAUUUUCCAGACCGAAUUAAAACAUUAGAGGAGAAGGUUCAUAGCAGUGAAGACGGUUUAUUCUUCUUCUUGCUUUCUUUGCGAUUGUUUCCAAUGUCUCCCAAUUGGUUUCUCAACAUGGCCUCACCUAUUUUGGGAAUUCCGAUGACAUAUUUUUUCCCAUCAGUAUGCAUAGGUUUGAUGCCAUACAAUUUCAUUUGUUGUCAAACGGGUUGCAUUUUGUCUGAAGUAACAUCUCUUAAUGACACAAAUGUCAUGCUCAAAAUGAGCCUUGUUGCUGCCUGCGCUGCAUUACCUGGUGUUGUUGCCAAAAUGUACAAGGAAAAAGCGAAGCGACAAUAGACAUAAAUAAGAUGUUGAAAAUAGAUAAUGUUAAAAAUAAAUAUUAUUAGGAAAUAAAAACUUUAUAAAAAAAAGAUUAUGUACAGAUUUACAUACAAUUUUGUUUUAUCUGCGUUAAUUAAUUUUUGUUUGCCGAAUCAAUUAAAGUGAUGAAGAUUUGAUUGUUUCAUGUUUUGGAAAAGGUAUUCUCCACAUAAUGUUCUGUUAGGACAAGGUUGGUUAGGAUAUUUUAUUGUUUUGUUAGUUUAUUAACUUUUUAGAGACAUUUGGAACUUCUUAUUUUUACAUUUUUACGUAAAAAAGUUUUAAGAAUUUAUAGAAGCAUUUAUUAUAUGUAUAUUAUAAAAUUGUUUACUUUGAUAAAAUAAGUUAUUUGUAA